AUGUCUGCAAUUACGCCCGAGAUACAAUCGCUUCUAGACCCCGUGGUGGCGAGCCUCAAACGACAUCAGGUAAACGGCGACAAGGAGAUGGCCUUGUCGAUUGCCCAGUUAUUAAUGAAAGUGAUCUCGGCGGCUCGAUGGACAAACACCUAUGAAUUGAUUGACUUAAUGAGACAGAUUGGAACAGUGAUACACAGGGCGUACCCGAGGAAAGUCAUUCCAGGCAACAUUGUACGGAGAGUGCUCGCGAUCAUCCGGGAUGAGAUCGAAACCACCGACGAGAACAACGUACCGAUGAUGAGCUCCAUGUUCAGCUUGUUGUCCACCUCCAACAAGCAAGAUUUGCAGGACCAGAAAAACUUGCCGCAGUCGAAGAAACAGACUAGUGAUAUGCGAAGUAUCAUCAUACAAGGAAUCAGAGAUUUGGUGGAUGAGAUCUCCAACGUCAAUGAAGGGUUGGAGACAAUGUCGGUGGAUUUGAUCCACGAUAAUGAGGUGUUGUUGACCCCUACUCCGACAUCCGACACCGUGUUGCAUUUCCUCUUGAAAGCAAGGACAAAGCGGAAGUUCACCGUGUUGGUGACUGAAAACUUCCCCAACGACUUGAAGCAAGCUCAAGUUUUCGCUCGCAAGUUAGCCGAGCACAAAAUCGAGACGAUUUUGAUCCCCGAUUCGCACACCUAUGCCGUGAUGUCUCGGGUGGGGAAAGUCAUCAUUGGCACCAAUGCCGUUUUCGCCAAUGGUGGAUGCUUGUCGCUGAGCGGGGUCGCGAGUGUAGUUGAAUGCGCCAAAGAACACAGGACCCCCGUCUUUGCCGUGGCUGGAUUAUACAAAUUGUCCCCCUUGUACCCUUUUACCAGGAACGAUUUGAUCGAAGUUGGCAACUCGGGUCGAGUGCUCAGCCACGACGAUUCCGAACUCGUUGAGAAUGUCGAGGUCGUCACUAACCCCUUGGAAGACUACAUCCCGCCCGAGCAUAUCGACAUUUUCAUCACCAACAUCGGAGGAUUUGCGCCUAGUUUCAUCUAUAGAAUCGUAUUGGACAACUACAAGAUUGAAGAUAAUAAAUUGGAUACAUAG